GGAAGAGAUGCGCUAAGUAUUAAAUGUACAGAUGGUAACAUAGAAAAUCAUUACACAAUUAGACUUUUUAGUUGAAGAUAAGACGGUAUCAUAAAACUGGCUGUGGGCUGUACAACCUUGCUUUAAUGGAGAUGCGUUGAAGGCGGAAAGCUGCAGAGUGGGACCAGCAAGCCGCGCCAGUGUACAUGUCUUCACCGUCACACGUGCGCUCCUCUCGUCCAUCCUCCACACGUGCGCUCAAACCGAGCUUGUCCACGGACCGCACCCUGUCUGCACGCAUCUCCACCGUCCGAUCCCCAGCCGAUGGCGGCGGAGCCCGCGGCGGCCGACCACGAUCUCCGGCCACCCCUGGCGGAUGGCGCCGCUGCUGCCGGCGUGGGCGCCGCCUCCUUGGCGGCGGCGGCGGGCGCGGCAGAGGCGCUGAUGAGCGCGACGUCGGAGCAGCUCACGCUGGUGUAUCAGGGCGACGUCUACGUCUUCGACCCCGUCCCGCCCCAAAAGGCUGUUCUUUUGGUACUUGGAGGGUACGAGGUUCCGCCUGGUUUGGUAAACAUGGCUGUUUCUUCAGCAAAUGAUGAGAAGAAUACAACUGUGGCUGCUAGAAGGGUUGCUUCCUUAAUGAGAUUCCGUGAGAAGAGAAAGGAAAGAUGUUUCGAUAAAAGGAUUAGAUACAGUGUGCGCAAGGAGGUUGCCCAAAAGAUGAAACGGCGUAAAGGCCAAUUUGCUGGGAGAUCAGAUUUUGGCGAUGGUGCCUGUUCUUCUGCAGCUUGUGGCUCUCCAGCUAACGGCGAGGAUGAUCAUUUUCGAGAAACCCAUUGCCAAAAUUGUGGUAUCAGCUCAAGGCUUACUCCAGCGAUGCGUCGGGGCCCAGCUGGUCCGAGGUCCCUCUGCAAUGCUUGUGGCUUAAUGUGGGCAAAUAAGGGUACUCUACGAAGUCCUCUAAAUGCACCCAAAAUGACUCAGCAGCUUCUUGCCAAUCCAUGUAACAUGGUAGAUACUGAUGACAAAAACUCAAAUGUUCUUCCUGUGGAGCAUAAUCAAGCCACACCCAAAACUGACUCGAUGAUGCCAAAAGAGGAGCAGAAGCUGGACAUACGCUUGCCCACCGAAGAAGAUACGAAGGCAGUUUCAUGACAAAUGCUCAAACAUGUAUAUAGAUCGAGACAGGUUUCUGAGUUUAGGAUGACAUAUAAAUCAGUAAAACUAACAAAGGCAGCACAAAAAAAAUUACAUGCAUUGUGUUGCCACAUUUAUCUCCGUACCCGAUUCAUAUUGUAUUGCUAACUGAUGCAGUUCUUACUCCUUACCCUGUGUCAACCUGACCAGGUGACUUGGCAGGAACUCAAAAUGUUUUCAAGAAUACGACGCAUUCUUGAGAAACGUUUUGUUUAUUGUUGUAAAAACCACUUCAAUAGUAAUUUGCAUCAACUUUGAUGCAAUUUAUUUUAUAGAAAAACAUGUGAUAUUUUGGUA